CAACUUAGGCUUUGGUAUCAAAUGUUACCAUUUCUAUUUUCUGUGCCAUGAACAUUUGUGUGGACAAUGUUUGAUCUUAUCAGUUAUUCAAUUUACCCACGUGCGACAAGACAAGACUUGCCGACCGAUCAAAACAAAUAUGAAAUAACCUAAAACAGUUACAGAGUACAGACUUAAAGUAUUCAAUAUUCAUAGACGCUUAGCAUUUUUGUAAGCAAACGGUCAACUUACAAUUUUAACUAUGACAGAAGAUACGAGCAUAAUUGAUCCGAACAACAAAAAAGUUUCGUAUUCCACGAGAAUCAAAUACCUUAAUGAAAUAGCCAAACCUUUGGCAACCAAGGCUCUUACAAAAAAGAUUUAUAAACUUGUUAAAAAAGCACAUAAGGAAAAAACUUAUUUAAGAGUUGGUCUAAAAGAAGUGCAGCGGAGAGUCCGAAGAGGCGAAACGGGUUUAGUAAUUUUUGCUGGUGAUGUUUCACCAAUUGAUAUCAUGAGUCACAUGCCUGGUGUAUGCGAGACAAAAAAUCUACCUUACUGUUAUGUGCCUUCACGUGAAGACUUGGGUUCAUCAAUGGGUGUUAAAAGAUCUGCAGUCAUGGUACUUGUUAGAAAACAUGAAAAUUAUACAGAUUUAUAUGAUGAAUGCCAGAGCGAGAUCAAAGCUCUGCCCUAUGAUUUUUAGACUAAUGGAUUUAAAUGUCAACUUUUUAUUUUAACUAUGAAUAAUGUUACAAUUAAAUAUAAUUAAACAAAAUAUAUAAUGUAAGUAAAAUAAA